CCACCCGCUUCCGGCAGCAGCCGAGUUCUCCCGCCUCCGCCGCGCUCGUGGUUGUCCCGCCAUGGCUCUUUCGCGGGGGCUGCCCCAGGAGCUGGCCGAGGCCGUGGCCGGGGGGCGGGUGCUGGUGGUGGGCGCGGGCGGCAUCGGCUGCGAGCUCCUCAAGAACCUCGUGCUCACCGGCUUCUCCCACAUCGACCUGAUUGAUCUUGAUACUAUUGAUGUCAGCAACCUCAACAGGCAGUUUUUGUUUCAAAAGAAGCAUGUUGGCAGAUCAAAGGCCCAGGUUGCCAAAGAAAGCGUACUGCAGUUUUACCCGAAAGCUAACAUUACAGCCUACCAUGACAGCAUCAUGAACCCUGACUAUAAUGUGGAAUUUUUUCGACAGUUUAUAUUGGUUAUGAAUGCUUUGGAUAAUAGAGCUGCCCGAAACCAUGUGAAUAGGAUGUGUCUGGCAGCUGAUGUCCCUCUUAUUGAGAGUGGAACUGCUGGUUAUCUUGGGCAAGUAACUACUAUCAAAAAGGGUGUGACAGAAUGCUAUGAGUGCCAUCCCAAACCAACCCAGAGAACUUUUCCUGGCUGUACCAUUCGUAACACACCUUCAGAACCUAUUCAUUGCAUCGUUUGGGCAAAAUACUUGUUCAAUCAGUUGUUUGGGGAAGAAGAUGCAGAUCAAGAAGUAUCUCCUGACAGAGCUGACCCCGAGGCUUCCUGGGAACCAAUGGAAGCUGAAGCCAGAGCCAGAGCAUCUAAUGAAGAUGGGGAUAUUAAACGCAUCUCUACCAAGGAAUGGGCAAAAUCAACUGGAUAUGACCCAGUUAAACUUUUCACCAAGCUUUUUAAAGAUGAUAUAAGAUACCUUUUGACAAUGGACAAACUAUGGCGGAAAAGAAAACCUCCAGUUCCAUUGGACUGGGCUGAAGUACAAAGUCAAGGAGAGGAAACCAAUGCAUUAGAUCAACAAAAUGAACCCCAUUUGGGUCUGAAAGACCAACAGGUCCUAGAUGUAAAGAGCUAUGCACGUCUGUUUUCAAAGAGCAUUGAGACUUUGAGAGUUAAUUUAGCAGAAAAGGGAGAUGGAGCUGAGCUCAUAUGGGACAAGGAUGACCCAUCUGCAAUGGAUUUUGUCACCUCUGCUGCAAAUCUCAGGAUGCAUAUUUUCAGUAUGAACAUGAAGAGCAGAUUUGAUAUAAAAUCAAUGGCAGGUAACAUUAUUCCUGCUAUUGCUACUACUAAUGCAGUGAUUGCUGGGCUGAUAGUAUUGGAGGGAUUGAAGAUUUUAUCCGGAAAAAUAGAUCAAUGUAGAACAAUUUUUUUGAAUAAACAACCGAACCCAAGAAAGAAACUCCUUGUGCCUUGUGCAUUGGAUCCACCCAACCCUAAUUGUUAUGUAUGUGCCAGCAAGCCAGAGGUGACUGUGCGGCUCAAUGUCCACAAAGUGACAGUUCUUACUUUACAAGACAAGAUAGUGAAAGAAAAGUUUGCCAUGGUAGCACCAGAUGUCCAAAUUGAAGAUGGGAAAGGAACAAUACUGAUAUCUUCAGAAGAGGGGGAGACAGAAGCUAAUAAUCACAAGAAGUUGUCAGAAUUUGGGAUUAGAAAUGGGAGCCGGCUUCAAGCAGAUGACUUCCUUCAGGACUACACUUUAUUGAUCAACAUCCUUCAUAGUGAAGACCUAGGAAAGGAUGUUGAAUUUGAAGUUGUUGGUGAUGCUCCAGAAAAAGUGGGACCCAAGCAAGCUGAGGAUGCUGCCAAGAGUAUAACCAAUGGCAGUGAUGACGGCGCUCAACCUUCCACGUCCACAGCACAAGAGCAAGAUGAUGUGCUCAUAGUUGAUUCAGAUGAAGAAGGUCCUUCAAAUAAUGCUGACAUCAGCAGUGAAAGAAAUCGCAAGAGAAAAUUAGAUGAGAAAGAGAAUGCCAGUGCAAAGAGGUCACGCACAGAACAAACAGAAGAGCUUGAUGAUGUCAUAGCAUUAGAUUGAAGAGAAAGGCCUCGAAAUACAACCAACCCCCUUACCGCAUUCGGCCAUCUGGGCAGAACCAGGUUCUUUGUUAUGUCCUUUGUUGCAAAGGGAAAAAAUUGAUGCCAGUGAUUUGAAAUGAUUCUCUGCUCUCUUUGAAAGCAUUCGUUUUGUUAGAACUAUUAGGAAUAGUUGGUAUGUUUGGAAGUAGUAAUACAGUUUUUAAAAAACCUUUGAACAAAGUACCAGUCAUAAGAUGAAAGAACACAAUGCAUGUUAUCUUUCUUAUGUAAAUACCUUUAGGUAUCAUUUAAUAGUUUUAAAAUAUCGUGGCUUAGUAAAGUUGAUACCUGGUUAUAAAUAUUAUGCCUUUAUUUUUGGUUAGAAGAAGAAUUAUUUUUAGCCUAGAUCUAACCAUUUUCAUACUUUUAACUGACUGAAAACAAACUCAAGUAAGUAUCAAGUGCUAUGCAUUGAAACUUGUUUUUAAAUGUUAACUGGCACUAUGUAUAUUAAUGUAAAACAUUGUUAAUUUACUCAAGUUUUCAGCUUGUACUGCCUGGUAUAUCUGUAAGAAGCCAGUUUUUGUGUAUUGUUACAGUUUCAGGUUAUUUAUAUUUGAUGUUUUGUAAAACUCAAAAACACUUAUUCUGUACUUAUGGACCAAAUAAAUGGUAUCUGCAUACUUUGUUA